AUAAGUUCUUCAGCUCUCGAGUUAACUCUACAAAUCGUUGCAACAAUGAAAGUCGUGAUCGUACUUGCAUGCCUUAUGGCGCUUGCCGCCGCCGUUGAGACGGACGCAGUAGUAGAGGCAUCUGAUUUGGAUGUUGCCGAAUCCAGGCGAGUUUGGCACCAUGGAGGAUACCCCAGUGGAUAUAGACCAUAUGGUAGCGCAUAUCGUGGAACAUACGGAUGGGGCCGUCAACGCCGUUCAGUCGAAGACGGAGCGCUUGCCUCUGAUUUGGAGGCUGCGGAACAUCAGCGUCGAAGCUAUGGAGGCUAUGGAAGCACUGGAGGUUGGGGAGGCUAUGGAAGUACCGGAGGCUAUGGAAGCUAUGGAAGUACCGGAGGAUAUGGAAGCUAUGGAAGUACCAAAAGCAAUGGCUACGGAAAUACCAAAAGCUAUGGCUAUGGUGACUAUCGCAGCGGAUACGGAGGUUGGGGCUAUGGUAGUAAUGGAGGCCACCGUGUCUUUGGGUACUCCGGUUAAAAGAAAGAAAAAAUCGAUUUCUCGA